AUGCCGAAAGUCUUUUUCAUCACUGGAGCAGGAAGUGGACUCGGUCGAGUCGCCGCUCGUUAUUUGCUGCUGAAGGGCCAUCGGGUCUUUCUCACAGACUAUAAUGAGGCCUUUCUAGAGAUGACAUGUACCAAGCACUUGCCUUCAGUCAUUCCAGCAGAAUCGCUAGACAACUUCAAGUGGUCCGCGAUGGACGUCGCAAGCAACGAUCAAGUCAAGAUUGCCGUGGACAAAUGUGUAAAGGAAUUUGGAACAAUCGAUGUUCUCAUCAACAAUGCUGGAAUUAAUAGCCAAUACAUGCGCAACGGAAUACGAAUGGACGAAGUCCCAACAUCAGACUUCGAACGAAUCCUCAAUGUGAACCUCGUCGGAACCUACCGAGUAUCCCAACACGCGAUCCCAUACCUCGAGAAUACCCCCGGCGGAGGCGUAAUCAUCAACAUGUCCAGCUGCCGCGCUACCCAACAAAGCAAACACGGCGAAGCAUACGCCGCAUCCAAAGCAGGAAUUGAAGGACUCUCCAUGGCUAUGUCGGUGAGUUUGGGGCCGAAGAUCCGAGUCCACGCCAUCAGUCCGGGGAUGGUCGAUGUACGGUUUGAGCGAGAAGAAGAACUCUUGCCGGAUGUUGAGACUAUUCGGCAAGAUUUGUACCGUGAUUUUCAGAGUGAAUAUGCACCCGAGUGGGGUUAUGGGAAGAGUGAGGCGAUGCAUCAGUCUCAUCCUGUUGGAAGGAUUGGGAAGGGAGAGGAUAUUGCGAAGUGGAUUGAGUUUUUGUCUGUUACCGAGGGUGGAUUUACUACCGGAGGGACAUACCUGGUGGAUGGAGGACAUUCUAAAGUCUUGUCGUAUCCGAACUAG